AUGGUGCUGGAGGCAGAGCUGCUGUCCGAGCUCACGGCUAUGUUCCUUGAGGGGAAUGGGAGUGCCCAGCUGGUGCCAGAUGCAGUCCUGCUGCCCCCGGGGCAGGGCACAGCCAUGUUCACCGUCCGCUGCGUGAUCCCUUCACUUUACCUGCUCAUCAUCACUGUGGGCUUGCUGGGAAAUGUCACCCUCAUGAAGAUAUUCAUCUCCAACAGUGCCAUGAGGAGCGUGCCCAACAUCUUCAUAUCCAGCCUUGCUGCUGGUGACCUGCUGCUGCUGGUGACCUGUGUGCCAGUGGAUGCCUCCCGCUACUUCUCCGAGGAGUGGCUCUUUGGGGAGGUGGGCUGCAAGAUCAUCCCUGCCAUCCAGCUCACCUCUGUCGGUGUCUCUGUCUUCACACUCACAGCCCUCAGUGCUGACAGGUACAAAGCAAUUGUAAAUCCCAUGGACAUCCAGACCUCCAGUGCAGUGCUAUGGACCUGUGUUAAAGCCAUUACUAUCUGGAUAAUCUCCAUGCUCCUGGCAGUUCCUGAAGCAGUGUUCUCUGAGCUGGCCCAUAUCAAUAACACAGAUAAUGCCACUUUCAAAGCAUGCAUACCAUACCCCAUGAAGGAUGACAUGCACCCGAAGAUCCAUUCUGUGCUGAUUUUCCUAGUUUAUUUUCUUAUCCCUCUGACCAUUAUUAGUAUCUACUAUUGUCAUAUUGCAAAGAGUUUAAUAAAAAGUGCCCACAACAUCCCUGGAGAAUACAGCGAGCAUUCCAAAAGACAGAUGGAAACUCGGAAACGUCUGGCAAAAAUAGUUCUAGUUUUUGUUGGCUUCUUUGCUAUCUGUUGGUUUCCUAACCAUGUGUUAUACAUGUACCGGUCUUUUAAUUACAAUGAGAUUGAUUCAUCAAUAGGUCAUAUGGUUGUUACCUUAGUCGCCCGAGUACUAAGCUUCUGCAACUCUUGUGUCAACCCAUUUGCACUGUAUUUUCUCAGUGAGAGUUUUAGAAGACAUUUCAACAACCAGCUUCGCUGCAGGAAGAAAUCUCAGCAAGAGAGAUCUGCCAGUUACUCGCACAACUCUUCUGCUGUUCAGAUGACUUCCCUGAAAAGUAAUACCAGGAACACAGUGACUAGUGUGACACAACUGAAUGGGCACAACUUGAAACAAGAAAUGUCAUUAUGAUUUAAUAGGUGUGAUCUUUGACUGUGAAACAAAUCUGAACUUUUUGUUUGUGGCUAGUAGCUCAAUUUUGGCUUGCAUAUGCUUAGAUGGUCUAAACAGAGGAUCUACUGAAGUCUGUCCAAUACAAGGUUGUUUCACAUUUUGUUUUACUUUUAGACAGAUGUGAAGAGAAGACAAAGCUGACUGGCUCCAUUUUGUAUGUUAAAGGAGAUGACAGUAUAGAAUUAACAUAUAAGAAAAAAAAAAUAAUGGUGUGAAUAUUAGUAUAGCUUAUUAAAUGCUUGGAAAAGUAUAGAUUUUAUGAUCUAAAAAAUAUGUAUUUUUAAGCAAAUAUUCAUCCAGGCUUAUGUCUUACCCUAAUAGAGUGUUGCAUGAUUUUAGCUGUGCUGUUUAUACAAGCAUUUCUCAUUGAAGACUUUUAGGCAUUUUUGGGCGAAUUAAGGAGCCAUUUGAAGGCAUAGAUUCUAGUUUCAGAUAAAAAAUAUUAAAGCAUCAAGUGCCAGGUCUGUGCUUCAUUUAAAUCUGCCUUGUUUAUUCAUUUUGGCAGAUAUAAAGAUGAGAAUUUACUUUUUGGGGUAUUUGUUUACCGUUUUCCGUAGUGGUCAUAAGUUUAUCUGCUAAAAUUUCAUUCUUGUCAAGAAUAACAACUCAGAAGAAAAAUGUUGUGUGUGACAUGCAGAACUCAUUGUCUGAAUCCUCAUUUCUCUAAUUUGUCAAUUCUACAACAACCUUGGCUUAGAGUAAUUACGUGCUUUAUAUUUGCUACGAGCUACAGAUCAUUCUGAUAUCACCACACAGCUAAGAAGGACACUAAAUGGAAUGGAACAUUCAGAAUCGUAAAGUUCAGAGUGGCUUUUUCAAAGGGUCUGUGGCAAGGCUUCCUACAACUACUAUAAACUUAAACCAAUAUUAAAAUUAAAAAGCAAUAAUAAGAUUGUUCUGAAAUUAAUUGGCCUGAGGACCAAGUCUAAUUUAGGACAGUUAUAACCAGGAAGUUAGGUACUCACAUGCAUGUCUGUGUUUGAGCUGAAACAAGAGAAACUCCUUUAAAGCAAAUUUCCCGGUCAUCAUUUAUUUCUGGUUUCAGUUUACAUCUCAGAGUGGUCUCAUUAUGUAGAAACCAGAUCACAUCCAGGCAAAACCAAAUUAAAGGAUGGCCUGCAGAUACACACCUACAUUCUCUGACCGUUAAUGAUCAUCCAGCCCAUGGGACCAGACAAGCUCUAAUAUGAAAUAAUGCCCAAGUGAAACAUAAACAGCCAGCAUUUGAUGCGCAGUCCUCUUGCACAAGGUGUUUACCAGUCUAAACAAAAUGUAAAUACAGUUAUAAAUCUCACCUUUAAAAGGCAUUUAUUUUCCUGAAGACCCUUGUGUAUAAAUAACCAAUGCACUUCUGAAAAUUCUAGCUGGGUUGCCUAUAAUAAAGAUUUACAUUAUUAUUAUUAUUAUUAUUAUUAUUAUUAUCAUCAUCAUCAUCAUCAUCAUCAUCAUCAUCAUCAUCAUCAUCAUUAUUAUCAUUAUUAUUUUGGA